AUUGGAUUGGUGCGAUUCAAUGUUUAUGUGUGUAACACGUUGAUGAGAUUGUAUUCCGUCUGCGGCUCCAUCGACGCUGUGCAGAAGUUGUUCGGCGAAUGUCCUCACCGGGAUUUGGUGUCUUGGACCACGCUCAUUCAAGCGUUUACGAAGGCUGGGCUCUAUAGGAAAGCGGUUGGAGCUUUUAUGGAGAUGUGUGAUCUGAAGCUAAGGGUUGAUGGGCGGACUCUGGUGGUUGUCCUCUCUGCUUUCUCCAACUUGGGAGACCUGAAUUUGGGUCGGAAAGUGCAUGCCUAUAUCCACCAUUACAUUGACGUGAAUGCAGAUGUAUUUGUUGGCAAUGCCUUGUUAGAUAUGUACUUGAAAUGUGAUGAUUCGAACUCUGCUUACAAAGUGUUCGACGAAAUGCCUGUGCGAAAUGUGGUUACUUGGAAUGCUAUGAUUUCGGGGUUGGCUUAUCAAGGCCGGUACAAGGAAGCUCUGGACAUGUUCCGUAGGAUGCAAAGAACAGGGCCCAAGCCAGACGAGGUUACGUUAGUAGGGGUUUUGAACUCUUGCGCGAACCUUGGAGUUCUUGAGUUGGGUAAGUGGGUUCAUGCAUACAUGCGUAGAAAUCAUAUUUUGGCUGAUAAAUUUGUUGGGAAUGCACUUCUUGAUAUGUAUGCAAAAUGUGGAAGAAUAGACGAAGCUUUUAGGGUGUUUGAGAGCAUGAAAAGAAGGGAUGUCUAUUCAUACACAGCCAUGAUUGUUGGGCUGGCCUUGCAUGGUGAAGCAAACUGGGCAUUCCAGGUCUUCUCCAGGAUGUUAAGAGAAGGUGUUGAGCCAAACGAAGUAACAUUUUUAGGUCUUCUCAUGGCUUGCAGCCACAGUGGAUUAGUUUCCGAUGGCAAGAAGUACUUUUUCGACAUGUUGAAUACAUAUAAGCUUAGACCUCAAGCAGAGCAUUAUGGCUGCAUGAUUGACCUUCUUGGGCGUGCAGGUUUAGUGAAGGAAGCAGAAGAGAUUAUCCACAGCAUGGAAAUCAGGCCAGAUGCCUUCGCUUGGGGAGCUCUAUUAGGGGCUUGCAGGAUUCAUGGAAAUGUCAACCUCGGGGAAAGUGUGAUGCAAAAGUUGAUGAAUUUAGAUCCUGGUGAAGAUGGUAAUUACAUUCUUAUGACUAAUUUAUAUUCUUCUGCUCAUAGAUGGAAAGAUGCAUUGAAAUUAAGAAAGAAGAUGAAAAGUAAGAAGAUGAGGAAGACUCCUGGAUGUAGUUUGAUUGAAGUUGAUGGUGUUGUUCAUGAAUUUCGCAAGGGUGACAAGUCACAUCCAAAAAACAGAGUGAUAUAUUCAGUAUUGGAAGGAAUCGCUUGUCAUUUAAAGAGCUAUGGGACUGUGGAACACAGUACAUUUUCAUGGUAGACUUAAAUUACUUUGUCGAUCGUGGGAGAGUGGGAUGAAGAAAUUACUCAACUUGACCGAAUCAGCUUCAUGCUCUGCUCCCACUUAAACGGAAAGGCUUCGACAAGUAAGUUCCCACCUUUGCUUUCGUGUAUAGUUGCCACUAUUUUGAGUAACAACACAUAAAUUUAAAGUUGGAAUUUAUUCCCUAA